AUGCCUGCUACUCUAUGGCCUCUGGGGGGUCUUUGGUUGUCCAUCACAUUGAUGGAUGGCCUAAGAUAUGAUUAUGACGAGGAUAUUCAUGACCGACUUUUCAAGAUUCAUGAAGGUGCCGUUCAAUUUGUUAUUGAUUUCAUGAUUUCUUCCAAAUGCGGUUCAUUUCUCGUCACUAACCCCUCACUUUCUCCGGAGAAUACAUUCAUCUCUGAAGCGGGUACAAAGGGAAUAUUCUGUGAAGGUUCUACGAUGGAUAUGACGCUUAUCAGACAAGCGCUGGAACAGUUCAACUGGAGUUUGGAACGAUUGUCCAAGAUAGAUCACCCUCUCGAACAACCAGUCAAAGAUGCUUUGGCUCGACUUCCGCCAUUGACCAUCAACGAAAAAGGUCUUAUCCAAGAGUGGGGUAUCAAUGAUUAUGUUGAAGACGAACCGGGUCAUCGACAUGUAUCUCAUCUGUAUGGCCUAUAUCCAGGCGGAUUCAUCCACCCCAUACACACCCCAGAUCUCGCUGUAGCAGCCAAGAAGGUGCUAGAACGUCGUCUUGCCAACGGUGGCGGCCAUACUGGAUGGAGCCGAGCGUGGCUACUCAACUUCUUUGCCCGAUUGCGGGAUGCCAAAGCCUGUGGAGAUAACAUGGACCUACUACUGUCUAACUCUACUUUGCCUAACCUUCUCGAUUCGCAUCCUCCAUUUCAAAUCGAUGGAAACUUUGGAGCAUGUGCGGGGAUCAUCGAGUGCUUAGUGCAAUCUGUCGAGACUGAGAUUGAUGGACUAAAUGUUGUAUGUGUAUCUUUACUGCCGGCGUGUCCUGAUGAGUGGGAAGAUGGCCACGUGCAGAAAGUGAGAGUGAAGCAAGGGUGGCUCAUAUCGUUUCAAUGGGGCUGCAAAGGGCAUCUCGUAGGAGAGGUAGAGGUCUUUUGUACCAUGGGAGGUGCGGACGAUGUAUACAUCCGAGGUCCAGACCAGUUCGAACAGCGAGUCAAAGGUGAAGCUGGGCGGCAGUAUAUCUUUAAGGUGUAG